UCCGCUGCCUUUCAGGUAGACUGGACCGCGGAAAGUCUUCUCUCCAGACCUGCAGUCAUCCUGAGUUGUCCAUCAUGGCGGUGAACGGCACAGCAGACAUCUUGAGCUCUGCCUAUCUGGCGGUGGAGUACGUAGAUGCAGCGCUGCCAGAAAACCCCUUCCAGCCCUCCCUGAAAUACGCCUGGGGCUACAUGAUGGACAACUACACCAAGUUCCAAAUUGCCACCUGGGGGUCGCUAAUCGUCCAUGAGCUCAUCUAUUUCCUGUUCUGCCUGCCUGGUUUUCUCUUCCAGUUCAUGCCCUUCAUGCAAAAAUACAAGAUCCAACAGGACAAACCAGAGACCUGGGAGAAGCAGUGGAGAUGUUUCAAGAUGCUGCUGUUCAACCAUUUCUGUAUCCAGCUGCCUCUGAUCUGCGGGACUUACUACUUCACUGAAUUCUUCAACAUCCCUUAUGACUGGGACUCCAUGCCACGCUGGCCGUAUGUCCUGGCUCAGUGCUUUGGCUGUGCUAUUGUUGAAGAUACAUGGCACUACUUCCUCCAUCGCCUACUGCAUCACCGCAGGAUCUACAAAUACAUCCACAAAGUCCACCACGAGUUCACUGCUCCAUUCGGGAUGCAGGCAGAAUACGCUCAUCCUGCUGAGACUAUCAUCCUGGGAGCUGGUUUCUUCAUUGGCAUCAUGAUCUUCUGUAACCACGUGUUCUUACUGUGGGCCUGGGUGUGCUUCCGCCUGCUGGAGACCAUCGAUGUCCACAGUGGUUACGACAUCCCUAUGAACCCGCUCCACCUGAUCCCGUUCUACGCCGGCACCCGUUUCCACGACUUCCACCACAUGAAUUUCGUUGGGAACUACGCCUCCACCUUCACCUGGUGGGACAAGCUGCUGAACACGGACAAUCAGUACAACAAGUACAUGCAGAAACAGGGAGAUAAGAAGGAGCAGUAAACCACUCGGGGCCUCUGUUCUUGCACACACCUGAUCUAUCAGGAGGAGGAAAGAAGAAGCAGUGAGCUGUACAGCCACACAGUGAGCACACAAACAAUGCUGCUUUUCCUCUCUGUACACUUAACGAAACACACCCAAAUACUAAAGGUGUACUUUAAAUGAAUCAGCACUACGGUGGUUUGAUUCUAAAUUGGACUGAAUGUUGACUUCAGUCCGUCUUCUGUGCCUUUCUGCAAAAGAAGUAUUGUUGUCUGCUUCUGUUAACUGCGACUGGCUACAUAAAAAACAUCAACAUCCUGAUUUUAAAUUGUUGCUUUGCUUGGUCAUUGAAUGAAAAAAAGUUAUACCACACGACUCUCGUGAAAUUCUUCCGUAUACCUCUGAAUGUCUGAGCACUUUAGCGCUUCCUCUUGAGUUAAACUGAGUCAGAAUGACAUUGUGUUAUAGCUGCAGUCAGGUGUGAACUGUUGCAACUCGGUGCCGAAUUCUGAAACAAGUCGGACGUGUUUUUGACGCAAACCCAUGAACAUUUUUGAUUAAAAGGGAUUGGCUCAUAUGGAACUUUCAGGUUUUUCAAGCCUAUUUUGUUAAAGACUGUAACAAAUAAUAAAUAAAUGCUGUUUUGAUUUAAAAAAAAUAAACACUGAAAAUGUUUUGCUUUUGUUUGUCAUAUAAGAAUAAAAGAUAUGAACACAUUUAA